GAAGUUUUUAUUUUAUUUUUUAUUUUGCAGCAAAAAGCAACAUGUGAAACUCCAAUCCAAACGUAGGAAACCUAAACCAGGGCAGCGACAAAUUCCCGAUUUUCUUCACCCAAAGAAUAAAAAGAAAAAAAAAAAACGAAAGUUGCCUACUUCUUUCUUUUUCAUCAAAAGCAGAGAUAUUUUCAGUGAACCCAACCACACACACUCGCUCGCACAUAGAGAGUAAUGGCAGUCUCCAUACCCAUAGUGGCAAUCGUCACCUCUCUACACCUCAUCGCCUUCGUUUUGGCCGUCGGUGCUGAACGACGCCGUAGCACGGCUAAGAUAGUGCCUGAUGAGUACGACGAGCACACCUACUGCGUGUACGGGACGGACGCUUCUACGGCGUACGGAUUAGCGGCGUUUGGGCUGCUUUUCCUCAGCCAGACGGUGCUAAACGGCGUCACGAGGUGUCUCUGCUGCGGCAAAGGCUUAGUGACUGGCAGCGCCACCACUUGGACCGUCUUCUUCUUCGUCUUCUCCUGGACAAGCUUUUUGGGAGCCGAGGCAUGCUUGUUGGCAGGGUCAGCAAAGAAUGCGUACCACACCAAGUACCGGGGAAUCUUUAACGCAGAUGACUUGUCCUGUUCCACUCUGCGUAAGGGCGUGUUUGCCGCCGCCGCUGCUCUUACACUGUUGUCAUUGGCAGGGUCAAUUUUUUACUACUGGGCACAUUCCAAAGCUGAUACUGGGGGAUGGGAGAAGCACAGAAAUGAAGGCCUUGGCAUGAGCACUUCUAAUUAUGCAAAUCAUGAGCAGCAGCAACAGCAAACCAGUGGAUUUGAGAAGGUAUAGUUCUGGUAUUUGACAUUUUCGUUUUGUUGGGGGGCCAUGAUAUGAUUGUAGUAUGAGAUUGAGUCGAUCAAUUCCAUAGUUUGGGUUGGGGGCUUCUGGGGAAAACUUGUAUGGGGCAAAUAUGAAAUGGUCCUUCAUGAGCUAAAAGACUUGUAUAUGCUAUGUCAUCAUCAUGUAUGUUUUUUCUUAUUUGUUACGGAUGUCAUCAUGUAUGUUACAAGUGGAUUUCCAAUUAUAUUUUCCACUUAUGCUG